UGGUGUCCGUGGGGCGUGUGCGUGUGCGUGUGGGGGGGCGUCAGUCCGCGAGACCCUCCGCACUUCCUCCCGCUCCACUCGGGCUUCGGGUCGGCUGAGAAGGAAGCGACGGACGGAGAGGACAGAGGACGGAGAGGACAGAGAGGACAGAGGACGGAAAGGAACUUUUCGGGAUCAACGAUGAGACUCGAGGCCGUUUUUAAACUUGUCGCGUGCGUCGUGCUUUUCCCCGCUGACGUCAUGCGCGCUCAAACAGAGCCCCCCGCGGAGUGUGCGCCUGGCGGCCACUCCAUCCUCCGGGACCCCUACCGCAGCACCACCUUCAGCUCCAGCUGGCUGCAGCAGUCGGCCCUGCAGGACUUCAUCUGCGACCACUCCCUCGCUCCGGGCUGGUACCAGUUCCAGAUCUUUGACAAGCCGGCCAGCAUGCCCACCCGCUGUGUGGAGGUGAACCACUGCGGGACUCAGGCGCCUGUCUGGCUGUCCCUGGGGGACGGCGAGUCUCUGCCGGGGCCCCUGGAGGUGAGGCAGCUGACGGCCUGCGCCGCCUGGCAGCUCUUCGCGGGCCUCAGCAAAGAAUGCUGCAUGUUCCGCAUCCCGGUCACCGUGCGCAACUGUGGAGACUUCUACGUGUACCUGCUGCAGCCCACGCAGGGAUGCAUGGGAUACUGCGCUCAGGGUGGGUCGGGAACAAAAGAGAUCCGUUUUUGUAAUAAUCCUCACGUCAACGAAUGCGUCAGGCAAAUGGAAAAAGUCAGAGAGGCAGCUCGGCCUCCCCCUCCGUCUGCGCCGGUGAUUGUCCCGGAGGUGACGGGAGACUCCGUCCACCUGAAGUGCAUCUUCGGCAGCAGCUCCAACGGCUCCCUGGGUUACGUGGUGGCCUGGUCCCGCCUCUCACUGGAGGGCAGGAAGGAGGACCUCAAACAGGAGACCACCAUCAGGACCUCCGCCUACAUCGAACUGGACGGCUUCAACCUCCGUCUGGGGGACAAGAUUUACUGCUCCAGCUCCAGUUUCCUCCUGGACUCGCCCAAUGUCCGCGGUGCUUCGGUGCAAAGUCAGGAGUUCUUUGCUGGGAUUAUGCUAAGACCAGAGGAGAGCAGUGUUUCUGAGGAUGGGAGGCUGUAUGAGCUGCUGGUUGAGAGCACAGUGCCUGUCCCGUGUCCGCAGGAGUCGUCCUCGUCCACAGAGCGGUGCACUUUGUCUCUGCAGCUCAGCACAAGCAGCACAGACGAGGGCUCGUUGGGCGCCGAUGUGUCUUUGUCCUCCUGCGUGGUGGAGCUGUCCCGGGGCCCCUGCAGGGACGGGGUCUGCAGCCGGGCUCUGAUCCACUUCAGCCCCGUCACCGACUUUGUCAAAGAUGGCAACAGGACGACGCAGAUCUCCGUCAAAUCCAUCGUCACGCAGAACUCUCUCUGGAACGGAUACUCCCCAAAACCAGUUGAGAUAACAGUGAAGGAUGUCCCCUCCGCCUACUGCUACUCCUUCACUGAUCCUCACAUCAUCACAUUUGAUGGCAGGCACUACGACAACUACCAAGUAGGCACCUUUGUCCUUUACAAGAGCACCGCAAGGCCGUUCGAGGUCCACGUCCGUCAGUGGGAGUGCGGCAGCGUCGUGCACGCCGCCUCGUGCGCGUGCGGCUUCGCGGCGAGGGACGGCGGCGAUGUCGUGGCUUUCGACAUGUGCAACGGCGAGAUGGGUGAGACCCGACCUCGCCUGUCCGUGAGGCACAGAGACCUGAGCAAGAGCGGCGUCCGCAUCACCGAGUCCUACCAGGGACGCAAAGUCACGAUGACCUUCUCGUCGGGGGCGUUCGUCCGCGCCGACGUGUCGGACUGGGGAAUGAGUCUGACGCUGAGGGCCCCCGGCUCGGACCGGGGCCACACCGAGGGCCUCUGCGGGACCUUCGACGGGCGGUUGGACAACGAGCUCCACACAGCAGGGGGCGCCACAGUGGAGCACCUGCCCACUUUUAUUUCUGAAUGGAGGCUCCCCCCGGGCGGCAGCCUGUUCGACACCAAGCCGUCCCACCUGAGCGCGCUGAGCCCCCGCCAGCACUGCGACUGUCGGGCCGGGCCCCGACUCUCCUCGCCCAGAGGCCGCUCCUCUCAACCCGUCACCUCCUCCUCCGACUCAACCUGCUCACCUCACGGCAACGUGCGCCUCCCCAGCGUCAUCCCCGCCCUGGACGUCACGGCGGAGUACAUCGGCUCGGUGGAGCUGCUCAAGGGCGAAAGACAGCCGCUGCCUCCGGGUCGCUCCGGAGGGGGCGGAGGUGAUGGAGCUGGCAGCCAGCGCCGGACCCAGCAGUACGUUUCGGACUCCACGCACCAGAGCCUCAGCCAGUCCGACCUGGAGGCCUUCACCUACUUUUUCCCAGAGGACCACGAAGCAGCGGCUCCACCCGACGCCUUCCCCAAGUGGCCCACACCUUCCGGCCUGACGGAGCGGCGGGCCGGCACCCAGUGCCGACAGGCCGUGGCGGGCUCGGGCGUAGCAUUGGGCUGCCGGAGCCUCUUGGACCAGUCGAUAAUCUCCCGCGCGGAGGCCAUGUGCGUCGCCGACCUGCGGCUGAAGGACGAGCAGUCGUGGCUGAACGCCGCCGUGCCGCUGCUGGAAAACGAGUGCGAGAGGAGGCUGACGGAGGAGAGGGGUGGAGGGACGGAGUACCAGGACGUUCUGGCUGUCCUCAGGUGUCCCGACCUGUGCAACGGCAACGGCCAGUGCUCGGAGCGGGGCUGCGUCUGCUUCCCGGGAUUCGGGUCUUAUGACUGCGGCGUGCUUUCUGACCAGAUCCCAGAGAUAACCGAGCUGGAGAAGGAGGGUCUGUGCGACGUGCGGCAGGGAGACUGCUCCCCUCUCCGGGUCCACGGCCAAGGCUUCAAGGACUCCUACGAGCUCAAGUGUGAGUUUGUCAAAGAAAAGUUUGAGGACGGGGCCUGGCUUCUGGACGAGCCGCGGUUCGUCCCGGCCGUCUUCCUGGACGUGACGGCUCUGGAGUGCCGGCUCCCCCCUGACGACAGCCGGACUCCUGCAGGCCCGCAGCCGGAGACGGAGACGGACAGACCGCUGGCUCGCUGGCAGAUCAAAGUUUCCAAUGACGGCUACAGCUUCAGUAACGCCAAGAUACUGACUCUCUACGACGGAGCCUGCCAGAUCUGCAGCCUCCACACUCCAGUCCUCUGCACCCUGAGGGAAAGAACCUGCAGCAUUGACGGCCUGUGCUACAGCGAGGGCGAGUCCAGUCCCAGCAGCGCCUGCCUCGCAUGUCGCCCAGACUCGUCCAAACACACGUGGUCCAUAGCGGAGAAGAACAAGCCUCCACAGCUCCAGUCGUUGCCGCUUCGCCUGCAGUCCUUCCAGGGAGAGAGUUUCGUCUACCAGCUACAGGCCCGGGACCCCGAGGGCUCAGUGGUGCUCUUCACCCUGGAGUCGGGUCCCGAGGGCGCGUCUCUGUCUCCGGCCGGCCUGUUGGCGUGGAAGACCUCAGCUGAAGCUACGGACGCUCCCACCUUCCGCUUCACGGUGACGGACAGCUGUGGAGCUGAAACCAGAGCCUCCGUACAGGUGUCAGUGCGCCCGUGUGAGUGUCUGAACGGAGCCACCUGUGUGACCAACGGCGACCUCCCCCGCGGCAGCGGAGAGCACCUGUGCGCGUGUCCGGAUGGAUUUAAAGGGGAGCGGUGCGAGGUGGACGUCGACGACUGCAAGCCCAACCCCUGCAGGCUGGGCCGCUGCAUUGACGGACCCGACUCCUUCUCCUGUGUCUGCCCCGCUGGGAUGACAGGUCAUACAUGUAGAGAAGACAUGGACGAGUGCGUCUCUCGGCCUUGUUUCCCCGGAGUGGGAUGUAACAAUACGUUUGGCUCCUUCGUCUGUGGAAUCUGCCCUCAAGGAUACAGAGGAGACGGGAAAAUAUGCACACCGAUGACCUCUGCAGCUCGGGUACCGCAGGCUCCCCCGAGGCCCAGACCCUCGGGCUCGUCGCCUUGCUCCAGUCGACCGUGUCACCCGGGGGUCCAUUGUUUUGAGAGCACGCACGUCUCGGCGGGCUUCGUCUGCGGACCGUGCCCCACUGGUCUCCAUGGAAACGGGCGAACGUGCACAGCGACAGUCGCCAGCGGCGCUGACGGUCAUAUUUUCAUCACCAAAUCAAGUUCCGGCAAAGAAACGACUCCCACCUCCCCUUCGUCCUCUCCGCCCUCUCCAUCGUCUCCCAGACGACCCGCUGAGAGGCGUACCAGACCAGAGGCCGCCAUCCCCAGUGCCGGGAGAGUUUUGUCAACUGGCGUCCCAGCGGGGGCGGAGCUGUACCCCGGCCUGACCCCCGACCUGACCCCCGACCUGCCCCCCUUGGGGGGCAAAUGGGGGUCGUCACCGACAUGCGCCGACUCCCCCUGCUUCCCCGGCGCUCCCUGUGAGCCCACCAUCACCGGCUCCUUCAGGUGUGGCCGCUGUCCGUACGGCUACACCGGGGACGGGGUCGCAUGUAAAGCUGUGUGCAGGUACCAGUGUGGGAGGAACAUGGAGUGCACGCUGCCCAACACCUGCGCCUGCAAGGAGGGCUACACCGGCUACAGCUGCCACAUUGCCGUGUGCCGACCCGACUGCAAGAACCAGGGGAAGUGUGUGCAGCCCGGCGUGUGUGAAUGUGCCGCAGGCUACGGGGGGCCCACCUGUGAGGAAGCGAGCUGCGAGCCGCCCUGUCGACACGGAGGCACCUGUCUGGCCAGGAACCUGUGCACGUGUCCCUACGGCUACGUGGGACCCAGAUGUGAAAUCAUGGUGUGUAACAGGCACUGUGAAAACGGAGGCGAGUGCGUUUCUCCGGAUGUCUGCAAGUGCAAACCCGGCUGGUACGGACCAACGUGCAACUCAGCCCACUGCGACCCCGUCUGUCUGAAUGGAGGAGCGUGCACGAAGCCCAACAUCUGCGCCUGUCCCGGCGGCUUCUACGGCUCUCAGUGUCAGAUCGCUGUGUGCAGUCCUCCUUGUAAGAACGGGGGUCAGUGCAUGAGGAACAACGUGUGCUCGUGCCCUGAAGGCUACACGGGGAAAAGGUGUCAAAAGAGUGUGUGUGAGCCAAUGUGCAUGAACCGAGGCAAAUGUGUGGGACCUCACACGUGCUCCUGUGCGUCCGGAUGGAGAGGGAAGAGGUGCAACAUACCCGUCUGCCUGCAGAAGUGUAAAAACGGCGGUGAGUGUUUGGGGCCGAACACCUGUCACUGUCCCUCCGGCUGGGGGGGUCUCCAAUGUCAAACCCCGGUGUGCAAACAGCGGUGCCUGAACGGAGGGAGGUGCGUCCUCCCCGACUACUGCCACUGCCGGAGAGGCUACAACGGCCUCACCUGCGCACUGAAGGCGUUGCAAGCGUGAUGGGGAAGAAAUGAGAGGACGGGUCGGCAGAAGCUACGAAAUGCACGAAGCAGGAAGAGAGCAUUGUGAGUUGUGUGUGUGCGUGUUGGUUGAUGUGUGUGGCUUUGUGAACAUUUGAAGGCUAACAGAGGGACUUGAUGUAUGUAUACUUGUCUGUGCCGGUAUAUCACUACCUCAAGGCUCACUGUUACACACAUCUGGUGAAUGCAUCAGCAGAGGCUUUUGACAGAUGUGUGAGUGUUACUGCACACUAGUAUGUAAAAUAAGUAAAGUGACAAAUCUGUUCUGUUGCAGUGGUGAUUUAUUUGCCAGCAAGCUUUUAGUUUUAGUUUUUUCACCAUUAAGCCAAAUUAAAGCCUUUUUACAGAACUGAUGCACGCUGUUGUUCACUUGUGAGAAAAUAAAUGCAAGGAUACUAUAUAAGUUAAGGCUAAUUUUGAUGGUACACAUCAUUAACUUCCCACAGAUUAAAUACAAUGUCAUACGCAGCAAUUAACAUUGUAAUUGAGUUUUUUGCUUUUAUUAAUAUAUGUUUUGAUUGUUAAAGUAAUGAUCCCGUUUGUUAUAUCUAGCAUUUUGUUUUAUAUAAAAAAAGAACUGACACCAGAUGACACUGUUGUACAAGUUACAUUUAAAAGAAUAAAGAAAAUGUCCUUUGAUAAUUAA